AUGGGGAGCCACCGAGAGGAGGGGCUCCCACGUCAGCUAAGCCAGCUGGACCAAGACGCAGAUGGGCGGGCAGGGCCCAGGGAGGGGCAGAAAAGCCACCAGCUGGGCCAGAGCCUCUGACCACCCACUCUGCCCGCAGAGCUGGACGAUGCUGACACUGCCAGGCCCCGGGCCGCCCUCCUGGAGAAGCACCCGCUGGAGGGGGAGAAGCAGCCGCCCGGCACCGGGCAGGGCCCCUUCUUCUACAUCGGAGGCACCAACGGGGCCGCAAUAAUCAGCUCCUAUUGCAAAAGCAAGGGCUGGCAGCGCAUCCAGGACAGCCGGCGGGAAGACUACAAGCUCAAGUGGUGCGAGGUCAAGUGCAGGGACACCUACUGCAGCUUCCGGGAAGGUGAGCAGCUGCUGUACCAGCUCCCCAACAGCCAGCUCCUCACCACCAAGAUCGGGCUUCUCAGCGCCCUGAGGGAGCACGCGCGUGUCCUCAGCAAGACCAGCAAGCUGGCCCCCUGCGCACAGGCCAGAUCUGGAAAGGACACGACACCCGCCCCAGAAGAGCUCAUGUGGAGCAGCUCAGGACACCUUGGGCCACAGAGCGUCCUGAAAAUGGAAGACUUUUUCCCAGAGACCUACCGUCUGGACAUCAGGGACGAGAGAGAGGCUUUCUUCACCCUCUUUGAUGAAACCCGGAUGUGGAUCUGCAAGCCCACCGCCUCCAACCAGGGCAAAGGCAUCUUUCUGCUCCGGAACCAGGAGGAAGUCGCCGCCCUCCGAGCCAAGACCCAGAGCAUCGAGGACGACCCCAUCUACCGCAAGAUGCCCUUCCGGGCGCCUCAGGCGCGGGUCGUACAGAGGUACAUCCAGAACCCGCUGCUGCUGGAUGGGAAGAAGUUCGACGUGCGCUCCUACCUGCUCAUCGCCUGCACCAUGCCCUACAUGGUCUUCUUCGGCCACGGCUACGCUCGCCUCACCCUCGGCCUUUAUGAUCCCCAUUCCAGCGACCUCGGUGGCCAUUUAACCAACCAGUUCAUGCAGAAGAAGAGCCCCCUGUACCUGCUGCUCAAGGACGACACGGUGUGGAGCAUGGAGCACCUUAACCGCUACAUCAACGACAAGUUCCACAAGGCCAAGCGCCUCCCCCGGGACUGGGUCCUCACCACCUUCACGAAGCGGAUGCAGCAGAUCAUGGCCCACUGCUUCCUGUCUGUCAAAUCCAAGCUCAAGUGCAAGCUGGGCUACUUUGACCUCAUGGGCUGUGACUUCUUGAUUGAUGAAAACUUCAAGGUGUGGCUGCUGGAGAUGAACUCCAACCCCGCCCUGCACACCAACUGUGAAGUCCUGAAAGAGGUGAUUCCAGGCGUGGUCACGGAGACCCUGGACCUGGCACUCGAGACCUUCCAGAAGAGGCUGCGCGGCCAGAAGAUGCUGCCGCUGCUGUCCCAGCGCCGCUUCGUGCUCCUGCACAACGGCGAGGCAGACCUGUGGCCGCGCCCCGGGGGCUCCCGCAGCGUCCCCCGCCCGCCGUCGCCGCCGCCCGCCGCGUCCCUCGGUCUCCGCGCCGCCGGCAGGCCGGGCGCGCGCAGGCCCGCACCACGCCGGGGCCCCAGCGGCGCGCCCGGGCGGCCCUCCUCCGCACAGCGGUGCCCCCGGCCUCCGACCCGCGGCCCCGACGGCGCCCAGGGCGGGGACCCCGAGGCCCCGGGCGGCGGGGAGCCGGCGCGGGAGCCUUCCCCGGGGUCGUCGGAGGAGGAGCGCAAGAACGCGGGCCACCGGCGCCCUCGCGGGGGCCUAUAAAAGCUGCUUUUUUGUUACAAACGCGACCUCUGCAGCUGGUCCGCGGGUUCCCCGCACACCGGGCCCCGAGACCCCCUCCGGCAGCCUCCCUGCGCCCCGUGAGCCGCUACUCCACUGCUGGGGCCCGUCCCUGGGGGGACACGAGGGUCGAGGGAUGGGGGUGUCUGCCCGGCAGGAAAGGGAGAUGAGGCCCCCCGCGCCCCUGACUCUGCCCACCGUGGGCUGCUUCCAGUUCCUGGGCCCCCUCACCUACGGCCCUCGUCCACCCGCCCUGCAAUCUCACAACCCACCUGACCUCUACUGCCUGGGUCGGUGGUCCCCAGGAAAGGCGCCCAGUGUCCCCCAGUCAAGGGCCUAGAGCCUCACGGACCCCUCUCGAUUCCCAUAGGAAGGCUUCCUCACACCCAACAUGUUCCUCCGAGCUGCGGUCCCCGCCCUGCCCAGGCUCAGCUCCUUUCUGGGCCUUCGGAGCACCAGCGCCCUGAGCUCUCCUCCACCUGCGGCGCCCGGACUCUACAGCAGGCAGAGCCCUGCAGAGGCCGGGAGGACCCAGGCUGUGGGUGACCGGCAUAUGGUCGUGGCAGGACAGCGCCCUGAGGGAAGUGCCGAGCCAGCAGGUCCCUGUGUGCCCUGUGUGCCCAGCCUCGAGGCUACUAGGAGAUUCAGGGCCUCUCAUGUGUCCACACCCCCGCCACCAAGCGUCCUGGGGCAGCCAUAAUCCCCUCUCCACCCUGGCCUUCCCCACCCCACCCCCCCAGUCCAGACCCCAGGGUCUGGGCAGCCCCAUCCCUAGGCCCACCCUAGCUGUCACACCGUCCCCCUGCCCUCACCUCUCCAAACGGUCACCACCAAGCCACAUGCCCUCCUCCUGCCCUGCACACCCUCGCUCAGUACUUCAGCGGGCUCCACCAAGGGGGGAGGGGCCGCCGGGAACCCUGCUGUGCCCUGCAUUGGCGUGCUGGUGGGACCCGAGGGGCAACGACCUGUCCUCCCCCGCUGCCCCCCCACUCCUUUCCCAGGGAUGCAACGGCCACAGCACCGCUAGAGGGCGGCGGGCACUGACCGCCGAGCCUCCGGCCAGCCCACUGGAGGUAUGCGGCCAGGGAGCCAGGGAGCCAGGGAGAGAAGAGCCAGAUGGAAAGCGGGUCUCAGAGAGGUAGAGUCAGUCCUCCCAGGUCACAGAGCCAGUGAGGGGCCCAGGCCAGGGCUCACCUGCCUUGUCACUCAGCCCACCCACCCUCCCACCACCACUGCACCCCCUCGUCGUCCUGCUGCUGUGGCCCAGAGUGUGGGGUCCCCAGGCCAGGAGCACACUUGUCACUGGGUGGCUGGGGUCUGGGAACACUGAGUCCCCUCCCAGUGUGUCUGGUGGUCUCUCCAUGAGGGGUCAAGCCCAGCACUGCGUCCUCUGCAGCCUGCUGGCCAGCUCUGUGCCCGAAGACCUGUCUCCAUCAGGGAGAGGUGGCCUCCUGGGUGGGUAGAGCACACCCAGGUCUUUGUAAAACCCACGCCUGUGUCUUCGGGGUCAGGACCACUUUCCUUGCUGGCAUCCAGGACACUACACAGCCAUGUCACCUCGGGGUCACCCCCUUAACUGGCCCGAGGGGCCUCUAGACCCCAUGUCUCAUCUCUGAGGCCCCUCCCACCCCCUCCUCACAUCCUGCCCACGGGGCCUCUGCCCACGCUGUCCUGUGGCUCACGAUGUGGCCCGUGGUGGCAGCAGUGCUGCUCCAGGACCUUCCAGCUCUCCUCCAGCCUCGGCGGGACUGUUCCCCUGCUGGUCAAGGCGGUGUCUACGGAGGCGACCCGAUCCUCAGGGAGCAGCUGUCCCUGCCGCCUCCAUCAUCCCUGGGCCCUGAGUGCGUGCGAUGGCCCACAGGGGCCGUGGUGGCCUAAGAAGUGCAUGUCCUGACUGGACCUCCGUCCCCGGGGUCCCCCAAAGCCCUGGACUGUCUGCUGCUCUUGGGCGCCUGGUUACCCCAAGAGCCUGGAGUUCAAUAAAUGAGGUUUCCUUGCUACUCAUUCAUCCCCAGGGGCGAUGGCCACACCCUCACACCCCCAUCUGGAUCCUCUCCUAGCCCCACCCAGCCCCACAUCGGGCUCCAAAGUGUCCUUGCCAGAACUGUGUGGGCUGCCAGGGAGAGGUGGGCAGGGAACUGAGUCUGGAGUGCUGUCGGCUAUGGGGCACCUGGGCAUCUGGAGGUAGAAGGUGCCCCAAUAUUCAAAUGAUGUGCUGGGCCCCCUGCAGCAGCUUGAG